AUGGAACGAAACAAACGUAAAAAAAUUGUCGUUCCUAUUGAAGAAAAAUUAAAAGCCAUUAGGAGAAUUCAAGCAGGAGAGACAAUUAAGAUUGUUGAACGAGAUUAUGGAGUAGGUGAGGUAACAGUUGGGGAUGGGAACAGAAACCGCACUAAAGUAGAAGAAUGGUGUAUAAAACAAGCCUCUUCGUCUUCAAGAAGAAAAUCAAUAAAAAAAGGCGUCUAUGAAAAAGUUAACGAAGCUUUAUUCACGUGGUUUACUCAGCAAAGAUCAAAAGGUGUGCCUCUGUCAGGUCCCAUUUUGCAGCAGAAAGCAAUAAUGAUUAGUAAGCAAUUUCCAGAGACAGAUAGGUUUACCGGCAGUUCUGGAUGGCUUGGCCGCUGGAAAAAACGGGACGGUGUACGACAACUGACCAUAUGUGGAGAAAAACUUUCUGCUGAUGUGUCAUCAAUUGAAAAAUUUAAACAGGACUUUAAAAUGCUAAUCACAGAUUGUGGGUAUACAUGUGAUCCAAUUUAUAACUGUGACGAAAGUGGUUUGAAUUAUAAAAUGCUUCCAUCAAAAACAUUGGCAUCUGGACAGGAAAAAUCAGCUCCUGGGAACAAAAGAAGUAAGGAAAGAUUAACCAUAAUGGCAUGUUCCAAUGCAUCUGAAGAAAUGAAUAUUAGAAGAAGUGAAUAUUGA